AUGGAUUUUUCGAUAACCAUCACGGCAUCUGAAGGUGGUCUUGCACCAGAUGCUGCAGCGGGUGCAAAUGCUGAUGGGAUUGUCGGUGGUCCGCGAACACCCCAACAAAUAGCCUCACAGAAGCGUCUUCAGCAGACACAAGCUCAGGUCGAUGAAGUCGUUGAUAUUAUGAAGACUAAUGUCGAGAAGGUGUUAGAACGAGAUCAGAAACUUUCUGAGCUUGAUGAUCGAGCUGCUAAAUUCAUGCCGGAGUCUCAGCCAGCGCAGCAAGCAGGACCCGUUUACCAAUACGGACCACCACCAGGUGUCCCAGUGGCUCAACCAGGUGCUGCUCCUGCUCCCGCUGGCGGCGCUCCGCAAACUGCUCCUGCGGCUUACGUCGGCUCGCUCAAUGAUGGACUUUUCCGGCGCAGAAUCAUGUAA